ACGGGAGCAGGAACUGGGAGAGAAGGGCCAGCACUUCCCUGCGACAGGUGGACCUGCCCCCAAAAGCAGGGGGGGGGCAAGUAGUCUGGCAGAAUGGAGACCCCCCCCCAGCAGCAGCAGCAGCAGCAGGGCUUGGUGAAAGGAAGCCCUGCUUCUGAGGGGUGUGUGGGGGAUGGGUGCCUGCAUUUCUUCAGAAGGAAGCUUCCUUUGUCCGAGUGGCACCACCAGAUAAGUAGAAGAGGGGGAUGCGCCCAGCGCUUGCCCCUAGAAGAAGGGUCCAUGCACAGCUCUGUCAAUGAGCACUUGCCCUGCAUGCAGAAGGCCCUAUAAGUACAUGAGAAGAGCCUGGCUGCAGGAUCAGGCCAAGGAUCCCUAUCUAGUCCAGCUUCCUGUUCUCACGGUGGCCAGGCAGACGCCCCCUGGGAAGAAGCCCACAAGCAGGACUUGAGGGGCACCACCGCCCUCUCUGCCCAUCUGCGAUUUCACAGCAGGACCUCCUGUUGCCACAGGGCCCAGGGCUGCGGAAGAGAAGGCAACCCAAGUCCCCGCAGGGUUAAAGCUGGCAGGGUAUGAGGCUGCCUUGCCCAUCACGGAGAAGUCCAACCCCAUCACCCGGGAGCUGGACAAGGCAGACGCUGCGCAGAUCGUCCAGCUGCUCAGAGACUGUGAUGCAGAAAUAUUCCAGGAAGACGACGAAGCUCUGGUCAACUACAAGAGGCUGUACAGCGAGUCAGUGCUGAAGACCAUGGUGGACAUAAUUGCCAAAGUGCAGGAGGUGCUGAAGGAACCAGACAACACGCUCAUUGUGCUGAGUGGAGGGGGAGCCUCUGGCCGGAUGGGCUUCCUCAUGGCGGUAUCCUUUAACAUACUCCUGAAGGGGUUGGGGCAGCUGCCCCAGUACACAUAUAUAAUUGCUGGGGGGGACAGGUCUCUUGUAGCAUCCCUGGAGGGCCCUGAGGACAAUGCGCUGCUGGGUAUUGAGGACCUAAACAAGGUCUGUGAAGGGAAGAAGAAGGUCAUUUUCUUUGGGAUUUCAUGUGGUUUGUCUGCUCCCUACGUGGCUGGGCAGCUGGAUUUCUGCAUGAACAACUUGGACAUCUAUGUCCCAGUUCUGGUGGGAUUCAACCCAGUCACCAUGGCCAGGACAGACAAGAUUGAGGGUUUCCACUCCACCUUCCGGCAAGUGGCUGAGAGGAUGGAGAAGCUGCAGGAGACCCACCAGGCCUUCAUCCUCAAUCCUGCCGUGGGGCCUGAAGGGCUCACUGGCUCAUCCCGCAUGAAGGGCGGCAGCGCCACCAAGAUCCUUCUGGAAACUCUGCUCCUGACUGCACACAAGACAGUCUCCAAGGACAGCGAGAUCUCAGAGAAGUGUCUUCUGGAAAUCCUCCGCACCUACGAACGGGCCCACAAAGUCACCUAUGGUCAGAGCAAGAAGAUUGCUGCCCUUGUGAAGCAAGCAGGGACCAGCACAAUCUCUGCCUCUCUCCGCCGCAGCCUACAGAAGAAGGCUUAUGUCUACCUGGUCGGCUGGCACACCCUGGGCAUCAUCGCCAUCAUGGAUGGGGCCGAGUGCAUCCCCACCUUUGGGGCAGACAUCAACGAUGUCCGGGGCUUCCUCAUUGGGGACCGCAGCGAAAUGUUCAACAGAGAGGCUGAUCUGAUUGCACAGGGCCCCAAGUUUGCUUUCUCUGAAGAAGAUUUUGUGAAAACAAUCCUCCCAUCAUUGACGGAGCUGGAUACCGUCCUCUUCCUUUUCACAGUGGAUGACAACCUUGAUGAAGUGGAGAAGUUGGUGGUUCAGGUGAAGGAGAGGACCUCCAAUGUGCAAGCCCUUUCUCAUGCCACAGUUGGGCAAUACCUGCCGGCCUCACUCAAGAAGCUCUUCCCCUCCAUCAUCAGCAUCAUGUGGCCCAUCCUGUUCCUGGAGUAUGAAGGCAAGUUCAUCCAGAGGUUCCAAAGGGAGCUCAGCACCAAGUGGAUCCUGAACACAGUCAGCACCGGGGCUCACGUACUGAAGGGCAAGAUCCUGCGCAAUUACAUGGUAGACCUGCGAGUGAGCAACUCCAAGCUCUUCUGGAGGGCAGUCAGCAUCCUGCAGAGGUUCUCAGGGCAUCCGCAUGCCAAGUGCCUGGAAGGUCUCCUGCAAACCAUCUAUGAUCCUGAGCCGCUCUCGGACGCUCUCCGCACAGCUCCAGUCUCCAAGCACAUUGCUGUAGCAACAGACAAGAGCAAGGUUGUACCCACAGCCCUGCUCUGCCUCCUGCGUAGCUGGUCGGUGCCAGAGGCCCGCGCCCGCCUGGAUGCUGCUCCCUCCCUCCGAGCUGCCCUUGAUGCUGCGCUGAAUGCUCCUGGAAGGAAGAGGGGGGCUGACAAGUCAGAACCUGAUGAGCAGAGCACAUAGGGGGGGACACUUCUUCCAAGGGGUCCCACAGCCUCAAGCCCCAGAUGGUCUUCCAAGCAGAGGCACUCAGCCUGAUGGGAGAGGCCUCAUCUGACACUGCCCUGCUGGUGCCGGCCAGGACAGGGAUCCUGCUCUGCCAAGAAACAGGUUCUUCUUCCCUUUGGGAGAUGGAUCUGUGUCUCUGGGGAAUGCCUUUUUUUGCCCCCUGUCUGGGUGGGCCUUGCCCCAAAACGACUCCCUUGUCUCAGGAGCUGCCAUGCCAUGCCAUGCCCCUCCAUGCCCCCCCACCAUUGGGCUGCCGUGCUAGAGUGGGUUGUCAGCCUUUCCUGCCAACCCCUCCGAUCUGUGCUUUCUCCUUGCCAGCUCACAUCCCUGGCACUGCCACCUGUGCCCUCUGCUGCGAGGCUGGCUGGCUGGUGGACCAUGGUGUGCUACUAGGGAGACAGGAAGGGCUUCAGAUUCCCAGCCUGUGCUUCCACGGCCACCAGCACCCAGCUAGGCAGCGCAGACUGGGCACCAUCCACCUACAGAUUGAGCCCAAGCCAGGUGGGUCAUGAAAUGACUUGGGGAACCUUGCAAGGCUCACAGCAGAUUGUCUGUGGUGCCUGUAGUCAGCAUAUGCUGGCAGUGUCAUUGUGUGGCCUGGUGGGAUGAGGGGCACGGCAGGUGGGUUGGGGGUAAAGGGCCUGGGUCCACCCUGCCCCCUGGAGUCCCUGCCCCUUUCUCUGUCUCAGUGCAUGAGGUUGGCACAGCUCAUUUCCUUCCUUUCUGCCCUGAAGCCGGAGGUUGACUGUGUUGCUCCUCCUGUCUUUGAUGGGAAACCAGCUGGCGAGUUCUGGUCUCCUCUCUUUUUGUAAUAAAAGAUGUGUCUGUGGACUGGGUGUCCUGUUCUUGCUUGGUUUGGGGUGGGGUGGGUGACUGGAGUGCUCAGGUUCUAGAAAAACAUCCUGAACCACCUGCAGGAAUCAGACUAUAAUCUCUCUCCCCAAAUACACACAACAUGCAGACCAUGAACUCUGAGGGAUCCACGUGGCAAAGGAAUGCUUCGAUAUGGCCUAGCUUGACCUCUCACUUGGAUGGAGCAUGUGCCCUGGGAUGGCGUCAUGGGUGGCCUUGACUGCACCCCACCCCAGCGAGUAUCCCUCUUCGGCUGGCCCGGAAAAGUGACCCUUGCUCCUGUGCAAAUGUACACAAAGGGAGGUGCAUGUGGCUGCUGGGGGGUGUUUUGCUGUUCAGGAAAGGGAGAGGAUGGAAGCCGUGGCCUUAAGCUCCCUGUCAACAGGAAGUCACCCACCCACCCACAUUUGAUCAUUUAGAAUCAUCAGAGAAGGUGGUUCCUGCUGAGACAAUGGCUGGUUUGAGGUUUUGAGAAGAAAGACACUGGGCUGCUUGAUGGAUCCCCAAAAGAAACUGGUAGGCUAUUACACAGAUUGAAAGUUGGCAUUUGAUUUGUCCUGCUGCCCCCAGAUAACAAUGUGGCUGCAGCAUUCUAGACAAAAUGAAGUUUCUGAACUAUAUUCAUAAAAUGCAAUUAGUGCAAUUCAUCCUGGAGGUGACCAGAAAGUGAUUGACUGUGGUUGCCUCUGACUUCUCUAAGAUACAUCACUGCCAUACAGUUGGAAGUGGCAGAUACAUUCCUGGGAACUAUGGAAGAAAAAAUCCUUGUUAAAUCCAUCAGGACGUAAGAAGAGCAUGGCUGCUGGAUCAGGCCAAAGAGGGCACAUGGCUGGGUGUUGCGAGUCUACCAACAUCUGGAGGGCCACAUGUGUUCCUCUUAACCUACAGUAACACACCUGGUUACAAUUCAUAAACCUUGAGUUCUUUGCAUGGUUUAGGUUUGGCACUGGAGAUGGAAAUGCAAUCUCCUGUAUGGACAAGUCAAACCACAGUGUUUGCACUACCGAAGUCCCCCCCCCCCCAAGCCUGGGCAGUGCGUAUGUUGUCUUCUGCUGCCCAGAUGACGGCACCCCUCUCGGCCUCACUGAUUAAGGUGUUGUUCCAGGUGCCAUCCAACCUUGGUGGUGACUCCACUCCGUAUUUGUGUAGUGUUUACUCCUGAGCGUUUUCUUCUCUCAUAGAAUCAGAAAGUUGGAAGGGAACCAGGGUCAUCUAGCCCAACCCCCUGCAAUGCAGGAAUCUCAGCUAAAGCAUUCAUGACAGGUGGCCAACCCACGUGUUUAAAAACCUCCAAGGAAGGAAACUCCACCAUUGGAAGAUCUCCCCCAAGGCAGCAGAUGUUUACGAUAAGUUUUCCUUCUCCUAGAUGGGCUCUUCUGUCCAACCAGAGGCUACUUAGGAGCAACCCACAUGAAAGUUAGGGGCAAUGUGGGGGGUCGGUGCCCCCUGGGACUGGUAUGGCAGGAGGGAGGCAAGCAGUAGGGGGCGCCAGAGCCAAAGAGACUCCGCAGAACCAACUCAGACUACUUUUGCCCUUCUCCGCUGAGUUCUCCAAGGCAGACGCGAGCCGACAGCGCCACCCCAGGCGGGCCGGCGGGUGCAGACACAGCUCAGCUGCCCAAAGGACCUCCCGGGCUACAAGCCCCGCUCUUCCCCGCGGAGCCAGCCAGCCAGCAGCCGGCCCAUAGCUGUCAAGUUCUUCCUUUUUUAAAGGGAAAUUCCCUUAUGCUGAAUAGGCUUCCUCUCGAUAAAAGGGAAAACUUGACAGCUAUGAGCCGGCCCGUCGAACCGGAGCCCCGAGUGGUGAGGAAGCCCCGAUCGAUCCCGAGCAUCGCGCCUCCUCCCGUACGGGCCCGCCCGCCCGAUGCUUUUCUUCGUGUCCACUUGGGCCUGUAGUCUGGAGAGGCUCUCGGGCAGCUGGAAGGAGCCCCGCCCGCCCGCCCCUCC